AUGAAGGUCCGCGGGGCCGAGGCCGGCGGCGCGGUGGGUGAGGUCUGCGAGCGCCUCGCACAGAUGAAGGUCUUCGAGGAGGCCCGCGCGAUGCUGCUGCGGCUCGACGAGGAGCUGCAGAGGUCUAGCACGCCCUUCUUCUGCGGCGCGGCCGCGCCGACGGCAGCCGACCUCACGCUGUACGGCAUGCUGGAGCGCUGGAUCGGGGACGGCCUGUGCCCGGCACGGCACGGCGCGGCGCAGCCGUCGAUCGCCGACGGCAUGUCCGGCGUGCAGGCGUUCUGGGAGGCGAUGCGCGAGCGCUUCCGGCCCGACCUCGUGCUCGACGACCAUAAGGAGUGCAACGACGUCAAGUCGCCGGUUGGCCCCGAGACGUGGAUCAGCCGCGCCCAGCCGCCCGCGCCGCCCGCGGCGGCCGGGCGGGAGCGCGGGGGCAGCUCGGGUUCUGCGGCGUCCGCGGAGCGCUGGGCGAGCCGCCCCCACAAGUAUCCGAGCACCGCAGAGGUGCUCCAGGCGACCGACGAGGCGCAGCUGGCGUGCACGGAUUCGGACGGGCUGUGCGCGUGCGUCCUCCCCGAGGGGGAGUUCGUGCUGACGUACGGGGAGCCGGCGGCGAAGGUGGUCGCGCCCUUCGAGCACCCGUUCUGCGUGCUCGCCGACGCGGGCGAGUGCCCGCAGGUCUUCCGUUUCCAGCUGGUCCGCCAGCGCUUCCCAGUGGAGGUCCUGCUCCGCACGCGCCUCGGGCGGCGGGUGCCGCAGUGCGCCUUUGCGGCGGCGGCGGGGCCGAGCCAGGAUGGCGGCGGCGAGGCCUCGUCGGAGGGUGCCGUGGCGAGCGGGUCCACGUCGGUCCACGGUGCAGCGACAAUGACGCUGCCCGUCGGCGACUGGAUG